AUGCUCAAUGGAGUCAACGAUGUCUUGACGCCAUGGACUGCCCCACGAAUCCUCCAAAUCAUGGAGGCCACCUCCGCGUCUCGCAACGCGAGUGGCUGCGCUCCUCGCGGUGGAAUAGCCACUGAUGAUGCGGCGGAUAUGGAAAGCCUUCUGCGGCUCGCAAACCAGCUGCCAGACGUCGCGGGACGCGUGAUGGCAGCACCGCUGUUUGCGCAACGACCGCUCGUUGAGUCGCAGAAUGGUGGCUCAACGUCUCUCACCACGGCGGCACCUGGCGCGUCAUCCGAUGGGGCAUCAUCGAUGUCCAUAACAUAUGAGGAUGCACAGUACAUGUGUACCACCGCCUUGGCGGUGCGCCGGAGCCUGUGGAAGGCGAAGGCAUCGAACGGCGGUGAACCGACGACUGAUCCGAAGGCUUAUUGCUCGCUUCCCCGAACCGAGCCUCAAACAAUGACAGCGGAGCUGGAGGAGGUGGGGUUUGCGGCAGAGUUCUCAGGGCCCUGCAUUCGCGGCUCCUUUCCGGACGCUGCCGCGGCGCUACGUCACGUUCUUCCUGAGGUUGACGGUGGGUUCACAUCGGACCGUGAUGGGGUGCAUGUUCAGGGUGCGAGCAAGCAUGGUGCAGCUGACUUAUUUCAAGGUGCUCUACGCUUUGUUUUGAGACCGCCUUCUGUGUCGCACGCAGCCCCUCUGGUGGAGAGCGCCUCCUCACCGAGUGCGAUCCAGAGUGGGGCUUCAGCUACCUCACACCGCCUGCAUCUUGUCCAACCGUCGCCUUCAGCGGGAUCGGCAGCACCGCAGUCGCUCGUGCUGGAUACUAUUCCAUCUCCCUCGUUGCUGCCGAUCGAGGCUCGCGGUCCGCCAGGUCACCGUAUGUUCGAUGGGGGCUGCGUUGCGUACACCUUUUCCGCGGACGAGAGGGAGGAGUUGCUGGCCUCCUUGUGCGCCGAACCACCUCCACUUCAAGUGUUCAGCAGGGAGGAAGUAGAGAGGCGCUGUCGCCUGGGGAGUCUGACCUAUCGCCAGGCCUCCGCACCACAGUCUGCCGGGUCAGGGGCAGCCGCUGCAGCCACCGCGCAUUUUCCUCGCGGCGAGCUCCCACAGUCCGCCAACCGAGGGCUACCUGGUAGUGGCGUCAACGAUGACGAUGGCUGGAGCACCUCCUCUGGGUGGAGCAGUCGUAGCAGCACCGAGCCGCGCAGCGACAUGCACAGUGACAAGGCAAAAGAGGAGGCGUCACAAGACAUUGAAAGGGUCGAUGAAGCCAACACCGAGGCAAGACCAGGGAGCCGCGCGGUUGCCUCUGUCGUGGAUGGGCCCACCUCUGAGGUCGCAUCGGCGACUCAUCCGCCCGGCACUCCCGGAACCACUCGCACUUGGGUCGACGAUGAUGACGAUCUGGUGCUCGAGAAUGGCCACAUCACCAUACGGAAGAAGAGGAUGCGGCCUGCUAAGAAUCUGUCAGCUGCUCUUUCCUUACCGAGAGUUGUGAGUAGUCCUCUGGUGAAUCCGUCACUGACGAUGACUGUGGUGAAUGCGACACCCGCUGACGAGAAGCACUUCGCUUCCUCUGCAACCGAUGGCGCUGAUUACGUGGACGCGGCGGGUGGCGGCUCCACAGCGGACACCACCCCGCAUGGAAGGAAGCGAGUCGCCGGCGCGAAGCGCAGUCGCGGCUCGAUGUCAGCCUCCGCCCCAGCAGACGACUGCGCAACCGCCACGUCGGCGGAGCCACCCGAAAAGGCAACAACAGCUGAGAUGGCGAAAGACCUGAAGCGCCGCGGCGCUCCGACAGAAACGUUGGAUGAAGUCUCGAGGACGUCGACACCCAUCAGCACGAAGCGCGUGGUGGCCUUGUCACAGGAAGAGAUGGUGGGGUUUAUUGAGGGACUGCGCGUGUCCGAUACGCUUCGACGUGCAUUGUUAAUUGGCGUGGUUGCACCAGCAGUAAUCGCGGCGGCCCUGGGGAAUAGCUCAGAUGCGGUGGGCGAUGUGAAGAGUGAGAUGGAUGGGUGCGAUGAGGCGCAGUAG